UUUGUUUUGAAUGUGCAGUGUAUUCUCUGGAAGUGUUAGUAAGGUUGUUGACAGUAUUUAGUUGCAGGAAGUUUUAGAACUCAGAAUGUUUAAUCAAAGUACUUUGGGUAAUACAUCGGGGUAUGGCACAACGACUACUCCAUCGUCAGCCAACCCAAUGAAAGAUUUUGAAGUUACGUCCCCUCCUGACGAUUCAGUGUCGUCUUUAGCGUUCAGUCCCGCCACAAUUCCACAAAAUUUUUUGAUAGCUGGAAGCUGGGACAACAACGUCCGCUGCUGGGAAGUUGAACAGACAGGAAAAACAAUUCCCAAGUCAAUGCAGACCAUGCAGGGUCCAGUACUGGACGUAUGUUGGAGCGAUGACGGGACUAAAGUCUUUAUGGCUUCUUGCGAUAAGAUGGUAAAAUGUUGGGAUCUGAAUAGCAACCAGACAGUGCAAGUUGCCCAGCAUGAUGCACCGGUGAAAACAUGUCACUGGAUAAAAGGAAACAUGUAUUCUUGUUUAAUGACUGGAUCAUGGGACAAAACUCUCAAGUUCUGGGACACGCGAAGUGCAACCCCCAUGCUAAGUAUCACUCUUCCGGAAAGGGUAUAUUGUGCAGAUGUUGAUUUUCCAAUGGCAGUGGUAGGUACUGCCGGCCGAGGACUCAUAGUGUAUCAAUUGGAAGGGAAACCCCAGGAGUACAAACGUAUUGAAUCACCCCUCAAGUAUCAACAUCGAUGUGUUGCAAUUUUCCGUGACAAAAAGAAGUCACCUACAGGAUAUGCUUUGGGCAGUGUGGAAGGCCGCGUAGCAAUCCAGUAUGUAAAUUCAACUACUACGAAAGAUAAUUUCACAUUCAAGUGCCACCGUUCAAAUGGGGCACCUAAUGGCUACCAAGAUAUCUAUGCUGUGAAUGAUAUUGCUUUCCACCCUGUGCAUGGGACACUGGCAACUGUUGGUUCUGAUGGUAGUUUCAGUUUCUGGGAUAAGGAUGCACGCACAAAACUGAAACCUUCAGAGACUAUGGAACAAUCAAUUACACGCUGCUGCUUCAAUAGCAGUGGCCAUAUAUUUGCAUACGCUGUCAGCUAUGAUUGGUCAAAGGGCUACGAGUUCUACAACCCAAUGAAAAAGAAUUACAUAUUCCUCCGCUCGUGUUAUGAGGAACUGAAACCUCGCAGUUCAUCUUGAAUAUUUAAAGCUGUUAUGUACCUGGUGACUGUGUAAAUAUCAGAUCGUUUGUAAUAGCACAAAUAGGUCUUUCCUACUAUGAGUUACAUAUGUGUAUUAUUUUCAGCAUUUAUCAUUUUCUAAAGACUGUACUCAGACUGUAUUCAAAUAAAAUUAACAUUUUUGUA